CAGUAAGUGGCAAGCUAGCUUAGCAAAGAAGUCAACCAGAAAUUUGGGCUGGAAGGGAUGGAGGCUGUGUACCACAGCCAUCACUGACAGCUGUUUUCCAAUUUAAACUACUUGGAAUCAUAAAACCACUGACAUUCCCUUCGUGACACAGGGGUCAAAGGUCAGGCUGAGUCACCAUGGAGUCCAUGCUGAACAAGCUCAAGAGCACUGUCACCAAGGUGACGGCCGACAUGACCAGCGCCGUUAUGGGAAACCCGGUGACGCGUGAAUUUGAAGUGGGCCGUCACAUUGCCAGUGGCGGGCCCGGCAUGUGCUGGAGGAUCUACAACGGAACCAAGAAGUCAACCAAACAGGAGGUGGCUGUGUUUGUGUUUGAUAAGAAGAUGGUGGAGAAGUAUCAGAAGUUUGACAAGGACCAGAUCAUUGAGUCUCUGAAGAAAGGUGUGCAGCAGCUCACCAGACUGCGUCACCCUCGUCUGCUCACUGUCCAGCACCCACUGGAGGAGUCGAGGGACUGCCUGGCGUUCUGUACAGAGCCAGUGUUUGCCAGUCUGUCCAAUGUGCUGGGUCAGUGGGACAACCUGCCCAGCCCCGUGCCCACAGACAUCAAGGACUACAAGCUGUACGACGUGGAGACCAAGUAUGGCCUGUUGCAGAUCUCGGAGGGCUUGUCAUUCCUACACAGCGGGGUGAAGAUGGUCCAUGGGAACCUGUGUCUGGAGAACAUCAUCCUCAACAAGAGCGGAGCCUGGAAGAUCAUGGGCUUUGACUUCAGCAUCUCCUCCAUCAACCCAUCCGAUGCCGAGCCCAAGUAUUCCUGUAAGGAGUGGGAGCCCAACCUGCCACCGCUCUGCCUGCCCAACCCAGAGUAUCUGGCCCCCGAGUACAUCCUGUCUGUGAGCUGCGACGCCGCCUCGGACAUGUACUCGCUGGGCGUGGUGAUGCACGCCGUCUUCAACGAGGGCAAGCCGGUGUUGCAGGUCAACAAGCACGACAUCUUCAAGAGCUUCAGCCGACAGCUGGACCAGCUCAGCAGACUGAGCCCCACCAUGUUGAAUAAGAUUCCCGAGGAGGUGAGGGAGCACGUCAAGAUGCUGCUGAAUGUCACGCCCAACGUCCGGCCUGACGCUGACCAGAUGACCAAGAUCCCCUUCUUUGAUGACGUGGGGGCGGUGACGCUGGCCUACUUUGACUCCCUCUUCCAGAGGGACAACCUGCAGAAGUCCCAGUUCUACAAAAACCUGCCCAAGGUCUUGCCCAAGCUACCCAAGAGAGUGGUGGUGUAUCGUAUCCUCCCAGCCCUCACCUCAGAGUUUGUGAACCCAGACAUGGUGCCGUUCGUCCUGCCCAACGUGCUGCUGAUCGCAGAGGAGUGUACCAAGGACGAGUACGUCAGACUCAUCCUGCCGGACCUCAGCCCUGUGUUCAAGCAGCAGGAGCCUGUCCAGAUCCUGCUGAUCUUCCUGCAAAAGAUGGACCUGCUGCUGACCAAGACCCCACCGGAGGACAUUAAGAACAGCGUUCUGCCCAUGGUCUACAGAGCCCUGGAGGCCCCCUCCAUCCAGAUACAGGAGCUGUGUUUGAACAUAAUCCCUACCUUCGCCAACCUGAUUGAGUAUCCCUCCAUGAAGAACGCACUCAUCCCCCGCAUCAAGUCUGCCUGUCUACAGACCUCCUCACUUGCAGUGAGGGUGAACUCCCUGGUGUGUCUGGGGAAGAUUCUGGAGUACCUGGACAAAUGGUACGUCAUUGACGAGAUCCUUCCCUUCCUGCAACAGAUCCCCUCCAGAGAACCAGCCGUACUCAUGGGGGUUCUAGGGAUCUACAAGUGUACCUUCUCCCAUAAGAAACUGGGCAUCCCCAAAGAGCAUCUAGCCGCCAAGAGUCUGCCUCAUCUAGUCUCGCUCAGUAUAGACAACAACCUCAACCUCAACCAGUUUAACUCCUUCAUGGCUGUGAUCAAAGACAUGCUGACUCGUAUGGAGGCAGAGCACAAGACCAAACUGGAGCAGCUACACAGCAUGCAGGAACAACAGAGGAGUAUGAAUAUUAAUACUAGUCAGACCAACCAAUCGGAAGAGACGAAGCGCACCCCCAGCCCUGGCAACCAGAUUGAUGAUGUCUUUGGAGGGAGUUCUGGGAGUGCAGGGGUUAAUGGGAAAGCGAACGGAAACUCUGCAUCAGCUCCCCAACUCAACAGAAUGUCUCUGACUCUGGAGGAGAAGCAGCGGUUAGCCAAGGAACAGGAACAGGCAGCCAAACUGAGAAACCAGCCAGCGCUAGCCCCCCAGAGUAUCAAACCAGCUACUCCUUCUACCCAGGCCAAGGACCUGACCAGCUGCCUGCUGAACAAUAUGACAUCCCUGGGCAGCCUGUCCCUCACCUCUCCCCCCAGACCAGGCCUCAUCCAGGGCAGCACCAUCUCAGCCUACCCCUCCACCACCCCCAUGGGCUCUAUGGCCAGCAACGGCUACAACCCAACCAUGAGUUUCCAGACAGGUGGGCAGGGCAUGCGCCCCCCCGGCCCCGGCCUCUAUGGAGGGAUGGCCACCACCACCAGCACCCCUAACUUUGGCGCCCUGACCCACAACCAAGGGAGUACCAACACCCCUGACAUGUCUGCCCUGGACUCCUUAUUCACUUCCAACAAGCCCAAAGUCAGCCUCAACCAAAUGGCUCCUCCCAAGCUCACCCCUGGGACCACCGCCACCCCCUGGCUUAAUCAGUUUGGUUCAGCCCAGCCCAGUCAGACUGCCCCGAUGCAGGGUGCGCCUUUAGCCAUGGGAGGGGUGACCAGCGGGUUCGGGAUGCAGGCCAACCCUUUCUUCAGCCCGCAGAACUUCUCUCAGCCCACAGCCGCUCCCGUAAUGAACGCGGGUGGUGGGCUCAGACACAGUUCGUCCAUCAACAACGACCUGAAAGACCUAUUUGGUUGAAAACAACUUUCCCCUCUUUUAAUGACGACAGACUGAUGAAAGGGGAGGUGGACUUUUGAACUGCAAACAAGAAGAAAGACAAAUCCACUUUUUGGACCGACUGUGAAAAUGAUGAAAUUCACUUGAUAUUUGUUGCUAUUUGUAUUUUAAUCUUCUGUGGUUUGGGUUGCAGUGUGGUUCUUCUAAGCUCCCAUCGGACUGAACACUGAAGACCCAGCUUUUCAAUCUGCACGUGGAUUCCAAACCGUCUUGAGAGAGAGAGAGAGAGAGAGAGAGAGAGAGAGAGAGAGAGAGAGAGAGAGAGAGAGAGAGAGAGAGAGAGAGAGAGAGAGAGAGAGAGAGAGAGAGAGAGAGAGAGAGAGAGAGAGAGAGAGAGAGAGAGAGAGAGAGAGAGAGAGAGAGAGAGAGAGAGAGAGAGAGAGAGAGAGAGAGAGAGAGAGAGAGAGAGAGAGAGAGAGAGAGAGAGAGAGAGAGAGAGAGAGAGAGAGAGAGAGAGAGAGAGACCUGCGUUGUGUUCUGCUCUCAGUAAUGUUUGUGGGGGUUUCUUACCGGAGACACUUUGGGGUGAAAGCUUUAUUCUAGAAUGCAUCUCUUCUCCAUAAUCCCUGUUCUAUGUGCUAGGAUGAGCAGUGGCAUGGAGACCAGUCUUUCUCAGUCCAUUCCUUUGUAGCCCAGCGCUAACACAUGUUAUUCAUGCUGCCACCUCAGCAGCCUGCUAUAUCAUAUCAACGUGGUUCUUUUUAGUGGGGUCCUGUUGCUUUGAGGACGACAAUCCAUAAGAGCUGUAGAAUCGCCGGCUAAACCGCACGAGCAGAAAGGCCAAGUCUCCAUGGAAACGGUCUCCUCAGUAACACCCCACUCUAUUUUGGGAUUUUUAGUACCCAUGUUUUCUGUUCUCUGCCUAGAAUGAGAUGAUGGAUAAGGAUUCAACAGUGAUGUCAUAAGUGUCAAGAUUCUUACAGAAUAGAUGAAUCCAAAUGAAACUGGAUGGAAGUGAAAAUCUAAUCAAAGCGUAUUGGUUGCGUCCACAGCUUAGCAGAUGUUAUAGUGGGUGCGGUGAAAUGUUACUAGCAAUUCUGCACUCCUAAAGAAAAGGGUAUUUUCUGAGCAGAAAUCCAAUUCAACGACCAGUUUGAAAAGGCAGGGGUUGAUUGUGUUUAGGCAAUUAGUCUGGUUAGGGAUUGUUAUCCACACACAAGCCUGUGCUGUGAGGGUGACGGUUACACACGGCUACCUUCCUCAUUGUAGUAACUCACCUGCAUAAGUACUGAAUGGUUUGCUGUAAGGGAGUGAUUGGUCGAUAUAUGCUGGUGAAUGAAUGUGAAGUAGUAUACACAUGUGCAUAUUGAAAUGUCAGCACAAUCCUAAUUGAUUGAGUUAGUUUGCCCGGUGUCUGGUGACUUUAGCCCUGUGUGUUCCUGUUUUGUAAUAACCCCUCUGACUUCAUCAAUGGGUUCCCUUCCAUCAUGUUACUGACCUGACCAAACUGGGACACCACCUAUUGUGAUCCUGUUGAAAUGUGGUCAAUUUAGUCAUGAAUUAUUUUAUUCCAUGCAUCAAACCAGGCUGCUUUCAACAAAGCAAGCAGUCUGUGCAUUUUAAGUUAAUUGUUGGACAUAUCAAAUGUACUAUCAAAUGCAGUUUUUAUAUAUAUAUAUAUAUAUAUAUAUCAUGAGUUGAGCACUUUUUCAUUAAAUGGGGCUUGUCCUAAAUGGUUGAUAAAUAAAUCUAUUUAAAAUGGGAGAGCUCUUAAAGGGGCCUUGGGUUGUUGUGCUCUUGUGAUGAUGAUUUGAGAGGCCUUAGAGGAACGCUGUGUGCAGUAAUAAUCCUUGGGGUGGAACUAAGUCUGGGGCUGCAUCUCAAUAGUCAAAAGUAGCCUCUGUUCCUCGUCCCCUUCGCGUAUCUCCUUCCCUUUAUCUGCACUGAAAUCCCAGGUUAAGGUGAAAGCCCUAUGGGCCAAAUGGGACAGGAGUGUCAUCUGUUGCAGACUAGUGCAGGUGAAGGAAGGAGAUGAGAAAAGGACGCCGUUGUAGACUUCUGAGACACCCCCUUGUGUGAAUCCUCACUGAAUACUGUUUGCAGACUGGGGAUGUAGGUUUUGUUAACUGAACACAUGCUCAUUUAUAUUCACAGGUCUUUGUUGGAUUUAAAUGAAUAAUUAUGUCUACUGUAAACCGUGACCAGGUGAGCUGUCACUGAGCAGGCACAAUGAUAAUACCAUGGGCUAGUGUAUAACAAACAGGUGGGCCUUCUGGGUUGUAAAACCUCUCUAUUGGACACAAGUGAUGGAGGUCUGUCCUGAUUGGGCGAAGACCUCUCUGAUGUCCAUCUUUCACGAAAGGCAGCUGCAAUGUUCAUGUGAUUGUAACUAUGACGACAGAAGCCUGUUUGAGGGCGAGAACUGGAUUGCAUUUCCUGUCAUCGUGAUUCGUGCGUUUGGACGCGAGGACAAAAAAGAAAACCUAUUCUUCUACAAGAGUUCUGAUCCUUUGUAUCCUACUGCUGUCAUAUGUGUCGUGUCGCCUCUAUGAACUAUGUAUUGUGUGGUGUUGUCUGAGGUGGUUCAAUGAAAAUCUGUACAUAUAUAUGAAAAUACACAAUCUAAUAUUCUC